AUGGACAAGUUUGACACAAUUUAGGGAAAACUGUUCUAUACUGUUUAUUGUAAGCACAAGUCAAAUGAGAUUACUCAUUAUUAGAGAGGAAGAAUCAAAGGUAGACAAUCUAAAUAAAUCAAUUAGAAAUGAUUGUCUAAUGGGAUCCUCAAAUUCAAGAAAUCAUCAAAAAUCCAAACAGACUUAAACAGAACAUUCUCGAAAUGGCAUGCACUUACUCGGACAACGAAGACUCUAAACAAACUAAAUAACACCAAGGAGUAUUGGUAGAUUGA